AUGCACCUUCAUCGCCACUUGUAUUGCCACUUUUUUGAUAUUGAAGAAAAAUAAACAAAAAAUUAAUUAUUUAGAACAAAAAAAUGGAUAAAAAAUUAAUUAAAAAAGCAUAAAUUGUAGUAAAAAAAAUUAGUAAUUUAUCAGAGUUGCAAACAGAGAACAAAAUUUUUAUUCAUAACUAAAAAUAAUUUUUUUUAAUUGAGAACAUGUUCGCAAUUCAAAAUGUUAUCAUCAACAGCAAAGUUACUAUGUUCACUGCUCCAACAAAAUAAAAACUGGUAUUUCUAAAUUGUAUUAUUAUUGUAUUUACUUGAUUUAUCCCACCUACUUUGA